CCCAUGACAUUUGUUACACUGCUUACUGCAAGCGAGAAGGAAUAAGGAAGCAGAGGACUGCUGCUGCUUUAACGCUUGCUUUGGUUCAACGGCUAGGGCGGCAUGGCAGAGGAGGGGAAGAAUGAGGAGUCGAAGAAGGAAGCAGGUGGCGAGAGCGGAAACGAUGGGGGCAAGAAAGAGGAGGCGGAUGAGAAGCCUCCGACUCCCCCUCCCCCUUCUCCUCCGCCACAACCGCAGGAGGAGGUAGUUAUGAGAGUCUACAUGGACUGCGCAGGAUGCGCCAGGAAGGUGCGGCAGAGCCUUCGGGGCUUUCCAGGUGUGGAGGAGGUGGUGGCUGACACCCGGACGCACCGUGUCGUGGUGAAGGGGAGGAAGGCAGCGGAGGAUCCGCUGAAGGUGGUGGCGAGAGUCCAAAAGAAAAGCGGAAAGAAAGUGGAGUUGCUAAGCCCCCUACCUACCCCGCCGACGCCGCCGGAGAAGAAGGAAGAGGAUCAGAAACCUAUUGGAGAGGAAAAGCCGCAAGUGAUCGUCGCUGUGCUGAGAGUUUAUAUGCAUUGCGAAGCCUGCGCUCAAGAGAUCAAGAAGAGGAUUCUAAGGAUGAAAGGAGUCCGUUCAGCGGAGCCAAACCUGAAGGCGUCUGAGGUGACGGUGAAGGGCGUGUUCCACCCGGAGAUCCUGGCGGCGUACGUCCUCAAGAGAACGGGAAAGCACGCGACCGUGGUGAAGCAGGAGCCGGAGGAGAAGUCGGUAGAGGAUCCCGAGAAGUCCAAGGCUAAGGAGCCGCCGCCACCGACUGCAGCUGGGGAUGAUGCGAAAGACGAGAAGAAGCCUGAAGGCAGAGAACAAGUUGACAAGAAGGACGAGGACUGCGGCUGCCGCAACGAAGGGGAACAGAGCGAGAAGAAAGCCGACGGCGAUGCUGACACGAAAGAGAAGGAGAAGAAGACCGACCCAAAAAAGGAGGAAAACAAGGAGGACGAAAUAGUCGUCGUCGACAUCGGAGCGACGGGGACUCCACCGCCUCCACCAUCUGCCGACGGCGAAGGUACCGGCGGCGCAAGGAAGAUAUUAAUUAAGAACGAAAACUACUACUACUACAUUCCGAAGUACCCAGCGGAGUUCUACGCGUAUCCGCCGCAGAUCUUUAGCGAUGAGAAUCCUAAUGCAUGCGUUGUCAUGUGAUCCUAAUCAACGUUCGCUCGUCCCUGCAUGUGUUAAAGAUGAACACAUAUAUUAAAAUAUAUUGUUGAUUUUGGAGCUCUUUAUAA